AUGCAAACAUCACAAACGGCACCACAAGUACCAGCACCACAAGCUCCAGCACCACGAACAACUCAAUUAGCAACAAAGUCAUCUUCCUCUGCAAUUCUACAGCCACCGCAAAUGCUACCAGCACCGGUUCCUACAGCUACAACUGUUCAUCACACACAAUACGCACCUGCACAGCAGCAGCAACAGCCGAAGCAACCACAACUUUACAGUCAACAGUCGCAACACCCUCCUGUCGCUAUGCCGGAACAAGCUACUCGUCAACAUGUUCCGACUUCUCAGCCACCAGAGCAACAGAAUCCGCACCAGGGAUUGAACGGGGGCUGGCAAUCAGAUCAAGAUUACAAUGAGAGGCGGAAAAUGAUUGCCAACAUCGUCCAAUUGCUGAAACAGCGUAAACCAAAUGCGCCAUCCGAUUGGCUAAAGAAAUUACCACAGAUGGCGAAGCGUUUGGAAGAGUCUCUGUACAGAUCUGCCAAAUCUUUUGCGGAAUAUAAUGACGGGUCCACACUUAAGCAAAGACUUCAGCAACUGGCACACAAUAUAGGAAUGAAGACAAAGAGGAUGCAACAAAUUGCGGCAAAACAAAAACAGAAGCAAGCUCAUCUAGCAGCUCAGAAUAAAGCCCAGUAUCGUCCUCCUCCCCAACAUCAAUCUCGGUCGCAGCCUAUAGUUCAACAACCAACGGCCCCACACCAUCAGCAACCAGUCCAACCAAGGUCAUCGACCUCCUUGCCAAUGCAACAACCUCCACCGGUUCAAAAGCAAGGAGGGCAAAGGCUUGUGAAUUUUUCUGAGAUUAACCCCAUUAUGAACUCUGGAAACCAAGUUGUCGAGGGGUCUUCAGCUCCUCGUGUUCCACUCGUGAAACAUGGGCCAAUUGCAUACCAAACAGGGAGCCAAACACCAAUACCUUCGGCUCCUCCUCCAGCAACCAGGUCAAGGCCCGCACCUAGGCAAGUCUCGGAUCGGCAACAGGUGUUGAGACACCAACAGCAGCGUUUACUACUUUUGCGACAUGCUGCGAAAUGUCAACAUGAGGAUGGUCGAUGUCCAGUUACUCCUCAUUGCGCAGGAAUGAAACGGCUUUGGAAGCAUAUUGCGGAAUGCAAGGAUCAAAAAUGCCUUGUUCCGCACUGCGUGUCGUCACGGUAUGUUCUGAGUCAUUAUCAUCGAUGUAAAGACGUGCGCUGUCCUGUUUGUGGGCCGGUUCGCGAAGCGAUUCAUAGAUCGCAUGAAAAGCAAAAGCAGAUGCAGGCACUCAAACAAAGGCACCAACAAGCGGUCCAGCAGAAUCAGAGUGUGGCGCCUCAAGGGCAACCAGGGUUGCAACCAACGAGUUUGCAGAUACCACCAGUCGUUCCUGCAGCAGCUCCAGGCGAACCAAUUGCGAAGCGUCAAAGAACUGCACCUCCUGGUCCUAUACCUCAGUAUCUACAAUCGAAACCGAACCCAUUGUCAGCACCUACAAUUGCAUCUCGUUUGCCCCAUCAAGGGCUUCUGGCACCGCCUUCUUCACAUCAUGGAGUAUUGCCGCAACCCAAAGCAGGAUAUUCCAUCGGCCAAGCACCUACUGCUCCGACAAAUGUCCCCAAGAAGCUUUCAUCUCUUGCACCUGGUGUUGCAUACUCCAAUGGUCAAAUGAUUACUCCAAAGUACACUGGUCCAAAGCCACAAGAGGACCAUACUCUGAUCAACUGCUUUACAAUAGCCCAGAUUGAGACUCACAUUUCCUCUUUAAACAAGGGUUUGCAACUGGCACCACAGAAAAUAAAGGCAAAAUGUCUAGAUGUUCUCAAGGUUUUACAAAGCCACCAACAUGGCUGGGUUUUCAACAGCCCUGUUGACCCUGCUGAGCUAGGCUUGCCUGACUAUUUCGAGGUAAUCAAGACGCCUAUGGAUCUCGGUACGAUACGGAAAAAGCUCGAAAAUAAUUGCUACGAGUCUCUAGAUGACUUCCAGAAACAUGUCAACUUGACUUUCGAGAACGCCAUGCUCUACAAUCCAGAAGGGUCGGUUGUUUACAACAUGGCCAAAGAGAUGAAAAUAAAAUUUGAAUCCGAUUUUACAAUUCUCAUGAAACAGCUCAAUGCGGAAGAAGAUACAAAGAGGCGGAAUGGAGAUGCAUGCUCGUUGUGUGGAUGUGAAAAACUGUUGUUCGAACCUCCUGUAUUUUAUUGCAAUGGUCUAAACUGCCCAUCGAAGAGAAUUCGUCGAAAUAGCUACUACUAUGUUGGUGGGAACAAUCAGUAUCACUGGUGCCAUCAGUGUUUUCAGGAACUGAAGGACGGCAAGGCAAUCGAGCUUGGUGAUGUCACAAUACGGAAAGAACAACUCCUCAAGAAGAAGAAUGACGAAGUUCACGAAGAGAGUUGGGUUCAAUGUGAUAGAUGCGAACGAUGGGUGCACCAAAUAUGUGCCCUUUUCAACACUCGCCAAAACAAAGAUCAAAGGUCAGAGUAUCUCUGUCCAAGAUGUACAAUAGACGAUCGCAAGAAAAAUGGAAAAAUAGAAGGGACAUCAUCGACUCCGAUGGCGGAAGAUUUGCAACGAACCAAGCUGUCGGAGCAUCUUGAAGCUCACGUUCGAGAGAAGGUUGAUGAACAUAUGGAGGUGGAAGCGAAGGCAAAAUCACAGUUGACUGGUAUUUCUGCUGACGAGGCAAUGAAGUCUGUUCAAAUGGGUGGGGCAAUAACAAUUCGACAAGUCACUUCGAUGGACAAGAAAUUGGAAGUCAGAGAAAGAAUGAAGCGCAGAUAUUCCUUCAAAGACUAUCCUGAAGAAUUCAGCUAUCGUUGCAAAUGUAUUGUUGUUUUUCAAAAUCUGGAUGGCGUCGAUGUCAUUCUUUUCGGACUCUACGUGUAUGAACAUGACGAAACGAAUCCUUCUCCAAACAAGCGUUGCGUUUAUGUUUCUUAUCUUGACAGUGUGCACUAUAUGAGGCCACGCCGGAUGAGAACCUUUAUCUACCACGAAAUUCUCAUAUCGUACCUCGACCAUGUCAGAAGUCGCGGUUUCGCAACUGCCCACAUUUGGGCCUGCCCACCAUUGAAAGGCGACGACUAUAUCCUAUAUGCCAAACCUGAAGACCAGAAGACCCCUAAAGAUGAAAGGCUCCGGCAGUGGUACAUCGACAUGCUUGUAGAAUGUCAGAAACGAGGUAUCGUUGGUAAAGUCACAAAUAUGUACGAUUUGUACUUCGCCAACAAAGACAAAGAUGCUACUCUAGUUCCGUACAUGGACGGGGAUUACUUCCCUGCCGAGGCCGAGAAUGUUAUUAAGAAUAUUGAGGAAGGAAAAGCUGGAAAGAAAGGUAGUUCGCAUGGGCACAAGAAGAAGGGAGAUAAGAAGAAGAAGAGUGGUCGGGGGGGUACAAGGUCUACUGGCCUGGAUGAAGACGCACUGAAAGCAAGUGGUAUUUUGGGAGAAGCAAAAGAUCAAAAGAGCUUAGAAGAAGGAGGUCGGGACUAUGUGAUGCAACAGCUUGGGGAAACCAUCCAGCCAAUGAAAGAAAGUUUCAUUGUUGCGUUUCUGGCAUGGGAGGGGGCGAAGCUAGAGGAUAUGGAAGUUCCCAUAUCCAUCCAAGAGCACCGGGGAAAAAAUGGAAUUAAGAGUAAGCACGGUGCUGAUAACAUAGGUUUUGAUUCGGAUCGAGAUCAGAAUGGAGCAUCAGCUUCUGAUGAAAUUGUGUCGUCUGAGUCGAAGUCACAAUCGAAGCAGCAAGAGCAUGACGCCGGACAAACAGAUUUUGACAGAAGUGAUGAUUCGCCAGACCCUCCACCGGAAAUUUUAGAGGUCUCUGUUACUGAUAAACGCAAACGCAUCUUGAAGAAAGAAAAUAGCAACCCAUCGAUUAGUGGAAGCGCUUUUCAAUCGUCUGAUUCGAACACGGCGACAUCGAGCGCCCGUACAGCACCCAAGGCUCCCUCUGCAUCUACUUCAGAUUUUUUGCUAAAAGAAGGUACUCCCCAAUCAGUCUUAUCGACACAGUCAGGAGCUGAGGAGAUUGUCACAGGGACUAAGAUAAAAAUGAAAUCUGCGGGAUCGCCUGCUGCUGAUGUAGAUUUGGUUGAGAAACCAAAACAGCUCUCUUUGGAAGAAAGAUCUGGAAAGUUUGCUGCCAUGGCACGAAAGCGCGGACUCGAAGACGGGGAAGAAAAGAACGGCGAAGUCGACAAGAAAGAAGACAUAAAGUCGACUGUAUAUGUAACUGACAGCAAGGGCAGAAGGGUCAAGGGCAACCAUUAUCAAUACGACCAACUGAGGAGGGCAAAGCACUCCUCAAUGAUGGUGUUGUGGCACUUACACAAUCGGGAUGCUCCCAAGUUUGUACAACAGUGCACAACAUGUUCUCGCGAGAUUUUGCAAGGAUACCGUUACCAUUGCCCAAUUUGUGCCGAUUUCGAUCAGUGCGAUGAUUGUGUACGAAAUCCAAACACGCCGAGACAUCCUCACCCUCUCAAGUCAAUCCCAGUUGCAUCUGGUCAACAAACAGAACUAACAGAAGCUCAAAGAGAAGAACGACAAAGAAGUAUUCAAUUGCACAUGACGCUUCUGCUGCAUGCCGCAACAUGUCAGAAUCCAAAAUGUCCAUCUGCCAAUUGCCAAAAAAUGAAGGGUCUCCUGAAACAUGGUGCACAGUGUAAACAAAAAGCGACUGGAGGAUGUAAUGUUUGUAAAAGGAUUUGGGCCCUCCUUCAAAUUCACGCACGCCAGUGCAAACAGUCCUCAUGUCCCGUGCCCAAUUGCAUGGCCAUUCGUGAGCGAGUUAGCCAGCUGAAGCAGCAGCAACAAGCUAUGGAUGAUCGUCGUCGACAACAAAUGAAUAGUGCCUACAGAAUGAGCCAGCGAUAG